UGUGUACCAUUAGCAAUUAUAGAUCUAAGGGACCCCAAAAGGUAUCUAUAAUUCGACAUACUAUAAACAUAUCCAAAACCUGGUGAUCAUAAAUUUGCAGAGCCCCGCUAGGUAUGCAACAAAAAAGAGAACGCUAGGAUGUCGGACCAUAUAUACUUAUAGUACCUAUAUAAAGGCUAGAUAUUAGAUAAAGGGAGAGGGCGAUCGGCUGAGAUAGAGUUCGAUGUUGAGGUGGGUUUGCGUGGCGGCGUUAUCAUUGAUUGCGUACAAAUUAACAUUUAUGCGUCCGUUAGCGUUAGAUAAUCUUAUCGUGAAUUUGCAACAAUUAGAUAGACGUGUCCAGCGGUCGCUGCCAAUCCUCCUCUUCACCCAGUCAGCCAGUCAGUCAGUGAAUAACAUGGCCAGUCAUCGAACCGUUCCAUCUGUCAUGUACGCCGUGAAUUUCACCAGACCAGACUCCGGCUGGAACCCCGAGAUGGUGCACAGCGAUGAGUGCAUCUUCCAGAGGAGCCCGCCCAACGUGGUGAUCUUUGUGCUCUACGGACUGGCCGUGCCCACUUUGUCUGCCUUUGGACUGUGCACGAACUUCAUCAAUGCGGUGGUCUUUAUGCGACCCAAGAUGACGCCUUCGGCCUUCAGCUAUCUGGCGGCCCUUUCCUGGAUGGACUGCAUCUCGUGUCUGCUCAUCACGCUGACCGCCCUGUCCAGGAGCUAUUUCUACGACAUUCCAGCCUGGAUCGCCUACGACUAUCAGUGGCAAACGCCAUUCUUUGGCAUCAGCACGGGAGCAGCCAAUCUUAUACUGGCCUGUCUGAGCCUGGAUCGAUUCACCUAUCUGUCCAGUUUCAAGAAGAACAAUGGAGCUCCUCGGUUUUGUCGCCGGAAGGUGGCUCGCUGUAUGAUCCUUGUGGCCAUAGGCACCUCCGUAGUGGUCAAUUUGCCGUACUUCUUUGUCUUCUAUGUGAAUGACUCGGGAACCUGUCACGUCACUGACUUCUACUACUCAAAGUUUUAUAAAGUGCAAAACUGGUUCACCUUUGCCUUGCUGGCCCUUUUGCCAGCCAUUUUUCUGUUCAUCGGCAACGGGGCCAUUAUCAUAGCCUUCCGAAAAUGGACAAAGCAGAGCCGACGGUGUCAGGCGACCAACACCAAUGCCAAUACCCUUACCACCGCCAAGAGAUACCAGCACCAAAUGAAGCUGACCAUCAGCAUAGUGAUUGUAAUUACAUUGUACCUGGUUGGUGAGCUUCCCGCCCACAUGACUGCCAGGAAGAGCUCCUUAAAUCUAAUAUUCGGCGGUGAUAUCAACAAGGUGGAUGAGUCCUUCAUGGAGCAGCUGGAGGUGAUCUGCAUAACGCUAAAUGCGCUGCAAUUGUCCCUGAACAUAGUGGUCUAUGCCGUGAUCAAUCCUUCGUUUAUGCCGGAGUUUUUCCUGUGCCUCAAGGGAACCUCGGAUGUGUGCUUCGGAUUGUGCUGCUUCCGAGCUCUGCGAAGGAUGUGGAUUCGGUGCCGGGCUCGCCGACAUCAGAACGCUACGGCGGAGGAGCAGGUGGUCAGCACUGUGAGUCUCCAGCAUCCCCCGGUGGAUGAGGCUCUUCCUUGUGGUUGCGAGAGCUGGGCCAGUGAUUCCGGCUGUAAGAAUAAUGCCCAUUGCAAGACGGCAGUGGGUACCUUUACCAUGAAGGAUUCCGAACAGGACGAAGAGAUCCAUUGCCGUCGCGAGUCGGAGGUUUUUUACACCAGAUCUAGCGCCUGCCUGCACUCAAAAGACUCCGCUCCCGACGAGGAUUCCAUAUUUAGUUCUAGCUUUAUUAUCAUAACUUAAGAACACUUAUUCACUACA